UAUGCUGGCUGCUGACUGGGUCACUGAGCUCUGCUGGGCUGGCUGGGCUAGGCUAUAAAACAGAGCCACGCCAAGCAGCUGGCUCACAGGCAGACUGAAUUCUGCAGCCAGCAAAGGACCUGCACAGCCCCUGCUGCCUCCUGCCUUGUGGUUAUUUUUUUCCUGGAAUACAGACCCGACCUUGGGAGCAAGAUGUGCAAGGGACUCGCUGCACUGCCAGCCACUUGCUUAAAAAGUGCCAAGGAUAUGAAGCAUCGUCUGGGUGUCUUGCUGCAGAAGUCAGACUCCUGUGACUAUGGCUCUUCACAGGGCAAGAGGGAGAAAGUAUCUCCAAGCCAGAGGGUUAGCCAAGAGGAAGUCAAAAAGUGGGCAGAGUCAUUGGAAAAUUUGAUCCAUCAUGACAGAGGUCUGGCUGCCUUCCGUGCUUUUCUCAAAUCUGAGUACAGUGAGGAAAACAUCGAGUUCUGGGUCAGUUGUGAGGACUACAAGAAAACCAAGUCACCAGCCAAGCUCAGCCCCAAGGCCAGGAAGAUAUAUGAUGAAUUCAUCUCUGUGCAGGCAACAAAAGAGGUGAACCUGGACUCAUGCACACGGGAGAAGACGAGCCACAAUAUGCUGGAGCCUACACUGUCCUGCUUUGAUGAGGCUCAGAGAAAAAUAUUCACCCUCAUGGAGAAGGAUUCUUACCGCCGUUUCCUCAAGUCCCCCUACUACCUGGACUUGGUCAGCCCACCCACAGCUGGCUGUGGGCCCGAAAACUGCAAAAGAGCCCAGGCUCAUGCCUUAGACUGUAACUCUAAUAUCAUCUCCCAGUGUGCCUGAACCUGCAGUGAGGCCAGGAGCAGGCUGGGCUCUCGUAGGAAUAUAUGGCAGCAAAAGCAUUCAUUGGCAUGAAGCAACAGAGCUGUCUUCGGUAGCUGUCUAAUGUCCCCAUUGUGUCCUGUGUCAUGCAGCAGCCAGCAUUUGUAACCCAAACACAAAUCAGUUUUGUGUAGCAAACCCUCCGACUCCAACUGUGUAGGAGCCCUGGGGUCUGUCUGUCUGAUGUGAGAGCGCAGUGAGGUCACUGUGGGUCCAUUUCUGACAAGCACUGAGCCCAGGAGGGUGGGAGCAGCAGGAAAGGGGCACACACACUUACACAAGGGAACAGCCUUGUGGUGUCACGGUGUGACGCUUAGCAAGGAGCAGGGAGACUAAGCGAGGCGGUGGGGACUGAUAUCUCUCUCCCCUUCCAAUCAGCAAGAGCUUAGGUGGGAAGGAAGGACUUGGUCUGGUCCUUAGCUGUUUGUAUAGCUCCCAGCUAUCAGGCACAGGAAGAGCUCCACUCCUUGAAGGGAGAUCAACACUUUCAGGCUAGCACACAGUCUCCUAUGGUCAUUACACAAAAUUGCAUGAAAGCUCUCCCAGAGCUGCUUUUCCCUCUGUAGCAUCUAGAUGAAGUUGGCUAAGGACCUUAACUUUUUCUAAGGCUGCACAGAGCUAUUAUCUGGGAGGAGGUUCAGUUUUUUGAACAUAAUUGUACCCUUCAUGCUCCCAAACUAAAACUACCAUUCCAAUACCAUAGCAGAGCAGAAAUGAAAAAUGUUCCUUCUCUUCCAGACAGCUGUAUAUUAGUAACUCUUGAAUGCAGGUUUGCCUGUCCUGACU